CCAAAACACGGUUCUCUGAUUGAUGUUUCUCUCAUUCUGUUUGCGGUCGCCUCCGGUAAAUGUUCCUAGCUAGACAUCGAAUCUCAUUUUAAUUCCGAGCCCAGUAUUUUCAUCAAAAACCAUGAAGCCAGACCAAAAAUGCAUCCUACGGUUCGCCAAGCUCACGGAUCAAGCCUUCGCACCUUCCAAAGGAUCCGUCAAGGCCGCCGGAUUUGAUCUCAAAAGUGCGUACGAGUACACGGUUCCUGCCCGGGGCAAGCAGUUGGUGAUGACCGACAUCCAGGUGCAACUUCCGGAAGGGUGCUAUGGCCGGGUUGCUCCCCGAUCCGGACUGGCCGUGAAGAACUUCAUCGAUGUGGGCGCCGGAGUUGUGGACGAGGACUACCGGGGUAACCUGGGUGUGGUCCUAUUCAACCACUCGGACAACGAGUUCAAGGUGGCCCGGGGGGAUCGCAUUGCGCAGUUCAUCUGCGAGCGAAUCUUCUAUCCGGAGCUGGAGGAGGUCAGCAGCCUGACGGAAACGGAACGGGGCAGCGGCGGGUUCGGAUCCACCGGAACGCAAUGAGACUGAUGAGCAGGGGUAAGAAGGUACCUAUUCGAUAUUCUAGGAGUAGUUUGUAAGAUGUUUGUUUAAAAUACAAGAAUCAUUCUUU